GUUUCGCGACGGAAUCGAGCCAUUCGAGUCUCCUAUCAUCCCAAGUUCACUUCAAAAUAGUCAGAAGCUGGAUCACUUGGUCGACAAACCGGAAAAGUCGGCAAUAUGACAAAGAAGUUCGAAUUCAAUUGGCGAAUCGAGGUACCCGAACUUUUGAGAAAUGGUUCGACGUUCGACCGCUGGUUCGAAGACAAGGAAAACACCGAAUACGAACCGAACUGCUUAUUUAAAGUCGAUGAAUAUGGAUUUUUUAUCUAUUGGAAGAGCGACGGCAAGGACGGCGAUGUAAUAGAACUGGCUCAAGUGAGUGAUAUUCGUUAUGGCGGCACGCCAAAGGAUCCUAAAUUGUGCCAUAAAAUAAGUAAACACGGGACAAUGGAAGAAAUAGACCAGAAGAGUUUAACUAUAUGCUCGGGUAUCGAUUACACUAAUAUUCAUUAUCAGCAUGUUAUUUGUGCAGACGCAAAAACAGCUAAGGAUUGGCAAGUUGGGUUACGAUUAAUUACGCACAACACGAAAGCUUCGAAUGUUUGCCCGACGAUACAACUAAUGAAGCAUUGGAUGAGAUUGAGCUUUCAAGUAGAUCCUAAAGGAAAAGUGCCAGUGAAAGUUAUAUCAAAGACAUUUGCCUCUGGGAAAACGGAGAAAUUAGUUUAUCAAGGGCUAGCAGACAUGGGCUUACCUAGUGGAAAGAGCGAUAAAAUCGAACCUAAGGAUUUUACGUUCGAGAAAUUUAAGAAUUUGUACUUUAAAAUUUGCCCUCGGAACGAUAUCGAGGAAUUAUUCCAAUCGAUAACCAAAGGAAAAUCGGAUACGAUCAGUCUGGGUCAGUUAGUACAAUUUAUGAACGAGAAACAAAGAGACCCUCGACUAAACGAAAUUUUGUAUCCCCUUUACGAUGAGAAACGAUGCACAGAAAUAAUCAACGAUUACGAACAAGAUGAGAAAGCAAGGAAUGACAAGUCCUUAACCAAGGAAGGUUUCAUUCGUUACCUAAUGUCCGAUGAAAAUGCACCUGUAUUUUUGGACAAAUUGGAAGAAUGGAUGGACAUGGAUCAACCUCUUGCCCAUUAUUAUAUUAAUUCCAGUCACAAUACUUAUCUGAGUGGCAGACAAAUCGGUGGUAAAAGUACCGUUGAGAUGUACAGACAGGUCUUGUUAGCUGGUUGCAGAUGUGUAGAGCUCGAUUGUUGGGAUGGGAAGGGAGAAGACGAAGAGCCUAUCAUAACUCACGGCAAAGCUAUGUGUACCGAUAUCCUUUUCAAAGAUGUCAUAUACGCUUUAAGGGACACAGCGUUCGUCACAUCGGAAUAUCCUAUAAUUCUAAGUUUCGAAAAUCAUUGCUGCCUAAAACAGCAAUAUAAGUUAGCCAAAUACUGCGAUGAAAUAUUGGGUGACUUGCUACUGAAAGAGCCUCUGAAAGAUUAUCCGCUUGAACCCGGGCAUCCACUUCCACCACCAAGUGCACUGAAGCGAAAGAUAUUAAUCAAGAAUAAAAGACUGAAACCGGAGGUAGAAAAGGUGGAGCUCGAGUUAUUCCGCUCCGGGCAAUUCGAGGCGAAAGACGAAGUAGUGGAGGAUCCCAGCGCACCUUCUGGACCACCAGAACCGCCAAAGGAGGAACCACCACCCGAAGCUGCACCGGCUGAAGGUGCUGCACCAGGUGAAGCGGGUGCUGAAGGAGAAGCGCCUCCAGUUCAAUACACCGGCAGUACGAUGGCGUGUCAUCCGUGGCUCUCUUCUAUGAUUAAUUACGCACAGCCAGUGAAAUUUCAAAGUUUUGAAGUUGCGGAAAAAAAGAACAUACAUCAUAAUAUGUCCUCGUUUUCGGAGACUGCGGCACUCAACUACCUGAAAACGAAUGCCGUGGAGUUUGUUAAUUAUAACAAACGUCAGAUGAGUCGAAUUUACCCAAAAGGUACGAGGGCUGAUUCGUCGAAUUACAUGCCACAAGUCUUUUGGAACGCAGGCUGUCAAAUGGUUGCGUUAAAUUUUCAAACACCCGAUUUGCCUAUGCAAUUAAAUCAAGGAAAAUUCGAGUAUAACGCAACAACCGGAUAUCUACUAAAGCCUGAUUUUAUGAGAAGGUCGGAUAAAAUUUUCGAUCCAUUCUCCGAGGACGUAGACGGUGUUAUCACAGCUCAAUGUUCCGUUCAAGUAAUAGCAGGACAAUUCUUGUCCGACAAAAAGGUCGGCACUUACGUUGAAGUGGAUAUGUACGGUUUGCCAGCAGACACAAUUAAGAAAGAAUUUCGAACACGAAUGGUUCCUGGGAACGGAUUGAAUCCAGUUUAUAACGAAGAACCGUUUCUAUUCCGUAAAGUUGUACUUCCCGACUUGGCUGUACUCAGAUUUGGUGUAUACGAAGAGAGCGGAAAAUUGUUGGGUCAACGAAUUUUACCACUGGACGGCCUUCAAGCUGGAUAUAGACAUAUUUCGUUGAAAACCGAGGCGAAUUUUCCCAUGGCACUGCCGAUGUUGUUCUGCAACAUCGAGCUAAAGAUUUACGUACCCGAUGGAUUCGAAGACUUCAUGGCAGCCUUGUCUGAUCCGGGUGGAUUCAGCAAAGGAGCAGAGAAGCAAGCCGAAGCUAUGAAGGGACUAGGAAUCGAGCAAACCGACACGAAGGCCGAGGCUAAGAAGAAAGAAGAGGAAAAGGCUAAGAAGGAGGAAUGGAAGCCAGAGCCAAUUACGAUAGACACGCUAAAGAAGGAGAAAGCGUACAAGUUGGGGAAAAAACAACAGAAGGAUUUGGAUACAAUGAGGAAGAAGCAUCUGAAGGAACGACAGACAAUGCAAAAAAAUCAUUGCGCUGCCAUUGAUAAAUUGGUGAAGGGAAAGGACAAAAGCGCGCUGCUCCAGGACGCGAACGUGAAAAAAGUUAUAAGCGAACAAACCGCGCAAUGGUCCGCCAUGGUAGAACGGCAACGAAAAGAGGAAUGGGAGAUGUUGAAGAAUCAGACGGAGGCCGGUCGGGAGGAAUUUAAAAAAUUAAUCGAAAUUGUACAGGCCUCGCAGGUUAAACAGCUACAGGCAAAACACGACAAAGAUAUUAAAGAUAUGAAUGCGAAUCAGGUAAAAGUAUCCGUGGAAACGGCUAAAGAAGUAAUGAACGACAAAGCGUUAAAGACAAAAGGAGACAAGGAUCGUCGACUUCGCGAGAAGAAGGAACAAAAUACGAAGAAAUUUAUGCAAGAAAGGAAAACUGUGCAAAUCAAGCAAGGCCGUGAAAAAGAAAAAUUGAAAGCUUCUCACGAAAAACAAGUAGCAGACUUAGAUGGCAAUAUUAACGCGACCAUUGAAAUGUACAAGAACGAAGCAAUUCACUUGGAUAUGUCGUCUAAAACAGAAUUCUUUGUAUAAUUAUUAGAUCUCGAAGUUUUCUACUCGAAAGUUUGUACUUAAUUU